CUUUCUUUUCUCUCUCAAAGGUCGAAUUGUCUCCCCUUGGUCUUGUUCUUGCGUUGUCCAUGUAAGUAUUUCACGUUUUGCUUAUGAAAUAACUCUCGGAUUGCAUGUAGUUUUGAAUUUCUUGUACUUGAAAUGCUUGUUGAUAUGAUGCUAGGCUUCUUAAAUCUUGCAGAAAAUUGUUUGAUAGUCAUUCAAACUUGAACUGUUGGAACUUGUAGUCUUGAAUUUUGAAAUUUGAAAUUUUCCUUGAACUUGUAUUUGCUUCGGCAUGGGUAGCCUAGGCGUUGAUGUAGAACUUGUAUACCUGCUUCGGCAUGGAUAACCUAGGCGUUGGUGUAGAAUUCUCUUUUGAAGUAGAGGACCCUGGCUUAAACUUGUACGGCCAUUGGGGAUUUUUUGAAUUUUGACUUCGUACAGGCUAGUAUAGGAUAGCCCCCAGUUUAGAAUCUUGAUGUUUUGUAUUUUGCAUGACUUAGUAUGCCUCGUCACACUCGAAGAAAGCUCGCCGAACGCUCGGUGGUUCGAGAUGCUAUGGAGGACGUUUCGGAUGAUGAAGCGGCUGCCACAAAUGUGCCGGAGGGGGGCAUGAUUCCUCGGAGUCUACCCGCUUUCGUUGGCACUGGUUGGAGUCCUUUCGAUCUAGCAUUCCGACCGGACUUUCAUUUGUCUCAGCGGCCUCGCGCUGGCUUGAUGAGUCUUGUACUGUGCUUUGAAUUUGUAUCUUGUACUUGUAUAGGUUUUGAGAUGAUUUUUUCAUCUGUAGGCCGAUGGGGAGCCGUUUCGCACCUUUUGGUCCUUGGCGGAGCUUCAUAAGGCUUUCCGAGCCAUUCGUGCUGACGAGGAGGCUAUGGAAAUCUGGUUGCAGACGGGCCUGGUUGAUUUCUGGCGUGCCAAGGGAGAUACUCUGAGGAGGACGGGGAUCAAACCCCGGCUACAGGCUUUGCUGGAGCGGUGGUGGGAUACCACCAACACUUUUCAUAUGGCAUGGGGGGAGAUCACCAUUACCCCUUUCGAGUUUGCCAUGAUUAUGGGCCUUCCCUUUUCUAAGAGGAACGCGAUUCUUGAUUCUGGGAUGAAGUGGUUCUCGAACACCGCCAGGGACUUGCUCGGCCCUGUUGCUGAUUUGGCGGAUGAUGAUACUCAUGCUUCUCGGUGAUCAUGGAUGCUAUCCGUAGUGUGGGAAUAUCUGCGGAGCAGAGGGUUUGGCUCUUCCUCUUGGCACUGGUGAGUAGAGUGAUGGCCCCGAGCAGGAACAGCCGGGUGCACAUCGGCUUCCUGUCAGCUUUGCAGGAUUUGAGGGCUGUCUUGAGCCUUAAUUGGGGUGGCAUGACCUAUGGCCAUCUCUUGUAUGAGAUGAAGUGGGCUUCUCGGACUGCGCCGGGGAGCGAGCCGAGCAUCGCUGCUUUGUGGAGUGUGCUUGAGAUUUGGAUGUACGAGCAUUUCCCGACUUUGGCGCCGGAUCGUACUGGAAAUGCGGCUUACCCGUAUGCUGCCUCUUCGAUAGGAGCGGUGCGCAGGAGGGUGCCUCUGCCGGCCUCCCGCAGAGCUUGGCGGAUUCUAACCGUCAGUGAGUUGCCUGAAUUGUUUGCUCUGGUUAUCCGCUAUGAUAACUCGGGCGGGGAACAGGUGGAGGUGACCAUUCUUGUAGCUCCUCCUCCGCACCGGAGAUCGUAUGAUGCUGCACCUGAGCAUUAUGCCGCUGUAUUUACUUGUAUUUGCUUGAAAUUGAUUGUGAUCUUGCAUCUAGAAAUUUAUCUUGAAUUUUGUAUGAAGGCGCCUCGGGUGAGAGUGUGUCGCUGGAUGCUUUUGAUUGAUUCCUUGAAGAGGCAUUGUGCCAAGCUGACCCAGAAGCUUUCUGGCCGGGACAGAGAGGAGCGUCGUCGAGGUCGCAGAGGUUUCGUUGAUAGGGAGCCCCAGGCGGAGACUUCGUUGAGGCAGGAAGGACCGAGCUUGGAUCUGGGACAGGGGUCCAGUGCUGGUACUUUCGAGAGGCAUUCUGAUGCCGAGAGGGGAGCUGCCCCUUUUGUACAUGCUGAUCCUACCAGGCAUCCUUUUGGGGGUGCGAGCAGUUCGAGGCCUUUUGUUCCUCCUCCUCGUUGCUACUUUGGAGGGAGCGGUCCUCAGCCUUGGGGUGCGGAUGCUUGGUCUUACUGGUCGGAGAUGGAGAGGAUGCGCCAGGCUCAGAUGUUUGGGGCGCCGUACCAGUUCAUGGCGAUGUCGCCGCCUUAUCAGUACCCUUCCUCUCAGCAGGGAGUUUAUCCCUCCCCUGGCACUCUUCGUAUCUCGGAGUAGGAUCCUGGUACCCCUGGGACGGAGCUCGAUCGGGAUCUGGAGCGCUUUUGGAGCCGAAACAGGGACAAGGAGCCUGUGGUUGACAUCACGGCUGAUGAUGACUCGGACUGACCCUGCAUGGUAGCGAGUUCCAGCUUGCCUUGGUUUGAUUUUGUAUGGAUUGGUUUGUAUUUGUAUUGAUUUGUACGGUUUGUGAUUUGAAUUUUGUAUGGUUGUAUGGUUUUGAACUUGAGUUGGUUUGAAAUUUUGACGU